CCGCCGUCGCUCCGGCUGGGCCCGGAGUGUGCCGGUGGCAGCAUGGCGCUCCUCUUUCUCCUAACUCUUAUCAUGCAGGCCGUGAGCCGGGCUGAGAUGGGUGCCGCGGAUCUGGAGCCGUCCUCGGUGCCUAAACCAACCAAUGUUAAAAUCGAAUCCUAUAACAUGAACGCUGUUGUAUUUUGGGAAUACCAGGUCAUGCCACAGACCCCUCUUUUUACCGUACAAGUGAAGAGCUACGGGAAAACACAUUGGAGUGAUGCCUGCAUCAAUAUUUCUCAUCAUUAUUGUAAUAUUUCUGAGCACUUUGGUACUCCAUCACGUUCUCUCUGGGCCCAAGUUAAAGCUAAGAUUGGACAAAAAGAAUCUGCUUAUGUAAAAUCAAAAGAGUUUAAUUUGUGCCUAGAUGGAAAAAUUGGACCACCCGAACUGAAGAUCAGAGAGAAGGAAAACCAAGUCAUUGUUACUGUACUUCACCCUUUAAUUCCUAUAAGUGGAGAAGAGCUUGAAGCUAAUUACGAUUAUGAAAAUGGCUGUUACACAUUCAUAUACAGUGUGUAUGUGAGAGUGGAUGAAAAUGAGAACCUGUAUAAAAUCCACAUGAAUUCAGAUGAUGAUUGCAACGAGACUGAGUGCCAGUUAACUCUUCCAUUGUCCUCGGAGGAUUCUCAGUUCUGUGCCUCAGCAAAAGGAAUCUUAGAUGCAUUGGGUAUUACAACCGAAAAGUCAAAAGAAAUUUGUAUUACCAUUUCUGAUAACGGUACUAAAGAUAAUACCUGGAUUCUAGUUGUUGCUACUUUCCUGAUCUUUCUAGUACUUAUCCUAGUAUCAGUCUUGUGUUAUAUUAAGAAGAUUAAUCCAUUUAAGAGAAAAAGUACAAUGUUGCCCAAGUCCUUGCUCUCUGUCGUAAGAAAUGCCACUUCAGACACAAAGCCUGAAUCAAAAUAUGUAUCGCUCAUCACAUCAUACCAGCCAGUUGUAUCUGAAAAGGAGGUGAUCUGUGAGGAACAGUUGUCUCCAUCAACAAAUCCAGGCAUGCAUACUGAAGACAAUCCAGAAAAAGAAGAACCCAGAGAAGAACUUUUUAGUGUAACAGAAGUGGUGACUACUGAAGAAAAUAUUUCUGACAUGGCAUCUGGCAGCCUGUUGACUCCAGUAGAGGGAGAGAAUUCUUCUCACUUCAGCAGUAACCAGUCUGAAGCCUGCAGCAUCACUUUAAACUCAUAUCACUCCAGAAAUGGUUCUGAUAGUGGCCAUGUGGAAUCAGGUAGCUUCUUAUCUGACUCAGAAUUCCUCCCAAAUAAUAAAACUGAAAUAAAGACAGAAGGGCAAGAGCCUGUCACACUGAGAAACGCCCCCACCUCUUUUGGUUAUGAUAAACCACACGUGCUAGUGGAGCUGCUUGUGGAGGAUAGUGGUAAAGAGUCCUUGAUUGGUUAUAGACUCACAGCAGAUGCCAGAGAAUCAUCAUGAGCUCAACUAAGAUGCACCAACUUGAAGUCUCUGAUUUUCUUGGACAGUUUUUCUGCUUUGAUUUCAUGAAAAGAUCAAGAUCUCAGAAAGUAUAUCUUAGUUGAUGUAUGAAGCAAAUGGAGUGUCUUUGUUCAGAUAAAAGCAUAAAGAGGCUGUUUGGCCUUCUCACUUUUGGCCUGACAACUACAAAGACUCUUGGUUAAAAAAACAAACAAACCAUGAUAGGUGAUGAACCUUUCAUCUAGACAGGUUAGUACUAACAGUGAACAUUCUGCAGUACCCCUGCUUCCUUUGCGAGCAGGUGAUGCUCCAGGUUCCUUUCUAGCCACUUCAAGAGAGAGAAUGGUUUUUUUUCCCUGUUCUGUGCCUUUGUAUGAUGUUUGUAAAUUAUGUAUUCAGUUCUAAAUGCUUAAUUUCAGAAGAAAAUUCAGCAAGCUUUUCAAAACUGGACUUUAAAUCUAAUUGAGACUAAUAGAACCAAUACAGCAUGUAAGUAGAAACAUGUAAAUAUUUUUCAUAAAACAUUACAUUUACUUUUAAAUAAAGUAUUUUUAAAACUCA